GCGAAGCUCUCUUUUUUUCUUCUGCAAUACACACCAUAUUUACGAUAAACCCAAGCCUUGAACACCAGAUUGGCACCAUUCUUAUAUCCAGGUGGAUCAGCUUGACGGCUUUCCCCUCUCUUGCCUCCCUCGUCGACUUGACUGGCUCUCAACCUGUGCUCGCCCACCUGUUCAUCCUUCCCCCUCCUAUCUGCCAACGUGGCGCCACUCAUAAAGGGACAACACUUGAGGCGGCUCCUCAGCUCCAUCCCAACACCGCUGAACCAGGCAUCGUUUGGCCAACGUACACACAACACUAGUGGGACCAAAGGGAUUAACACGAUGGCGUGGUUAAGCAGCGGCAGCUCGAAUGAGAACAUGGUUCAACAGCUGUGUCACCAUGGGCUCAUCACUGAUGAGCGAGUCAAAGAUGCUUUUCGGAAGGUUGACCGCGGGCACUACGCACCCACAGCACCAUAUGCGGAUCGUCCCCAGAGUAUCGGCCACGGGGCCACCAUCAGCGCACCGCACAUGCAUGUGACUGCCGUCGAGGACCUGCUGCCCUACCUCGUACCAUCAGACCGCAACCCGGCCCCACGCGUGUUGGACAUUGGCUCCGGCAGCGGCUACCUGACCCACAUCUUCGCCGAGCUUGUCGGGCCGCAGGGCACGGUAGUGGGAUUGGAGCAUAUCCCUCAGCUGCAGGACCUGGCCGAGGCCAACAUGCGCAAGAGCGCCGAGGGCCGCCAAUUCCUUGACGCCGGACAGGUCAAGCUCCGCGUGGGCGAUGGGCGCAAGGGAUGGGUCGAACCCGCCGGCGAGGAGGGGCGCGGUGAGGGAUGGGAUGUCAUCCAUGUCGGUGCCUCGGCGGUCACGAUGCACCCCGAGCUGGUCGAGCAGCUCAGGGCGCCGGGCAGGAUGUUCAUCCCCGUGAAUGACGACGACUCGGGCGGGGAACAGCAUAUUUGGAGGGUAGAUAAGGACGAGAGCGGCAAGGUCGAGAAAAGGAAAAUGUUUGCUGUGCGAUAUGUUCCCCUGACGGAUGGACCUCAAAGUUCGUGACGAGGUGAGGGAAGGCGGUCUCAGUAUUAGCCGAUCCAAUAGACACCUGGUGUGCGUGGUCUUUCUCUUUGCUAUAGUCCUGAGAUAUUAGUUGAUAGCAUACAAGUCAGCUCCCUACUCACUUGCUUAAGUAGUCAUCAAUGAUAAUAUUAGUACCCUUC